AUGCAGGCCAACGGCUCCGCUGCUGCUGACCGGCCAAUCGGCACGGACUCGGUCGUCGCCUCUGCCACCGACGCCGCCCCCACUCCCAUGUCUCACGACGCGCGCUGGAAGCAGCACCGCGCCAGCCAGGAGAUCGACCCAACCACCUUGCCCAGCGCCGCUUCCACACCGGCCGCGACACCGGCGCCAUUCCAAGACGACUUUGACGAUGCCUCACCCGCACCCCACUCGAGGUCCACGAGCAGCGACCUGCCCGGCCUCGCCACCGUGUCGAGCUCGAGGGCAGGCUCGACCGGCGUCGGCGUCGAUGCCGAGGACGAGGACGUCAAGAUCGCCAUCAUGGCACUCGGCGCCAUGAAGAGCCUCGACGGAAGGGCCAACGGCCUGUCGAAGGGGUCCGAGGCGCCGCUGCACACUAACGGGUCCUCUCACGCCUCUGGAUCUUAUAGCAGACUUCCUCCGGGCGUCAAGUCUCCACUACAUACGUCGUCCGGUCUCUCAGCUUCCUCCGUCACGUCUACGGCCAUGUCGUCGCCCUCGUCCACCCCAGCGACGGACCUGACCCAGGAAUCUGGCGCUGAAUCGCCGACGGGGUUGAGCGGUCGCAACCGCAGAGGGCCGGCCACCUUGGCCGACCUGCCCCCAGACUUCCAGUUCCCCGCCCUCGUACGCGACGAGCAGGGCAACGAGGUCCAGGUGGACCCCGAGAUGAUGCAGGACGCCGCGUUCCUGUCGCGCGUCAGCCACCUGCCCAUUGUGCGGGGCACGCUGCGCGCCUACGAGCUCGGCAAGCAGCACAGCAAGGUUGUCAAGUAUGGCGCUGACCUGGUCGAGUCGUCUGUCAAGAGCAUCUCCCGUCCGGUCGUCAGUCGCCUGGGCGCGAGCCUUGGCGAACGUGGCGUCGAGCAGCUCGAUGACUUUGCCUGCCGCCAGUUGGAUCGACUCUAUCCGGCCCCGUCGCCCACCAAGGAAGAGAAGAAGAGGCUCGUGGCAGAGGCCGACGAAAAGGAGCGCAACGACUGGCAGCACAUGGGCGAAGAGGAGCGUGAGAAGCGCAAGACGGCCUACGUGGCGCUCAAGAUGGAGGAGCGCGAGCGCGAGCUCAUGGUCGCGGAGCUGCGCCAGCGCAAGGGCAAGGGCCGCGACGGCAGCGAGCCCCACGGCGUCAUCUUCGCCGAUUCGCACGAGUCCGGCGCAGCGGGCCGGCCGAGCCAACACCGCGGCGACAGUAGGGGGCCUCCCGGCGGCGGCGACAGCGAACACCCGGACCGGGACCAGGUGGCGGCUGCACAGGCCCUUGUCCGAUCACAGGGCGGGAUGCCAUUCAAGGGCAGCCGUUGGGGCUCGAUGCUGGUCGAGGCGGGCGCCACCGCCGGCGGCCUGAGCGCGGCAAUGAGCGAGGAGAGCAUGAAGUCGCUCAAGUACUGCCUCCAGUGGCUGCAGUACGCCACAGCGCACAUCGAGCACCAGAUCACGAUACUGCGCGACCUGAUCGUCAAGCUCAACCACGGCGAGCUCGAUGUCUCGGGCUCCGCGGUCCAGAACCUCAGCAACAUCAAGGGAGACGUGGUCAACACGAUUCGCGGAGUGGUUGAUGUCGUCGGCAAGUAUGCCGGCAGCGCGUUGCCGGAGCCGGCGCGCAACAGCGUCAAGGCCUUCAUCCUCAGCCUGCCCGCUCGGUGGGCCACGGUCAACCGCAGCUCGGCGGCGAGCUCGCCCAGCGGCUACUUUGGCGGCAGCCCCUCGUCAUCGUCCUUCUCGCCCGCCCAUAUCUCGUCGGGCCCCGACUCGCCGGCGCAGCUGUCGGCACAGCGACCGAUCCGGAGCGGCACGGGCACGCCGCGCGACCAGAUGCAGGCGGCCGCCACGGCCCAGGCCGCCAACAAGAUCCUCACGCUCGCCGUCGAGUCGCUCGACAUCCUCCGCAGUGUGACAAUCGUGUUCGGCGAGUCCCUCGACCGCGCCGACCUUUGGGUCGAACGCCUGCGCAUCCUCGGUCUGCAGCGAAAGCGGCAGCACGAGCAGGGGGCCGAGGGCUCGAACCGCAUCGAGGCCGGCUCCUCGUCGGGCGCCGCGCCCUGGGAGAGCGCGCGGGGCUACUCUCGCGCGAGCUCGCCCGGCGGCGACUCGGACGCCUCGAUGGGCACCACGGCCUCGACCAAGCGUCGCCGCGUCAAGGGCGGUGGCAGAGUGGGCAGCAGCAGCCACUCGCCGGGUCCGCACGGCACCAGCAGCCAGCUGAUGUCGCGCACGCCGUCCGUGAUGAGCGACGACGAGAACCUCACCGAGACGGAACGCGGGGGCCGAGCAGGAUCCCACCACCAGCAUCACCACCACCACCAACAUCAGCACCACCAGAGCCUCUAUCACGGCGCCGCGCCCGCGUCGUCGACCGGCCUGGCGCUCGGCGGCAUGAGCACGAGCAGCGGCAGCGGCUACCCGACGAGGAGGCGCACGAGGGCUGGCACCGGCUCCAAGGCCCAUCCGCACCACGUCCAUGGCGGCUCGAUGCUGCCGCCCUCGUCGCUGUCGAGCUCGACGUCGAGUGCCGGUCGCAUGGAGACCGAAUGA